AUGCCCCACCUCAACCCCCGCAACCUCCGCCAUGCCUGCUCGAAAUCCCGUCCUCAGCAACCGACGAAAGGUCGUGCCCACCACACAUAUCAACCUGCAACUUACCUCAACAUCUUCAGAUCCCCUCACACAUCCCCUCUAGCAGUCUACAACCCGCCUUCUACAAUGACGUGUCCAGCACAGCCACGCGCCCUAAUCUCCUACGCCCCGCACAGCGACGGCGGCUGGAAACUGCACCCCGUCACGCUGCGCCCGCUCCGCGAAAGAGAACUCCUUGUCGACAUCGUCGCGUCGGGAAUAUGCCAGACGGAUCUGCAUUUUGCGGGGGCCGAGUCCGGGUUUGGCGUGCAUUAUCCGAGGGUCAUGGGGCAUGAGGGCGCCGGAUAUGUCCGUGAGAUUGGACCUGGGGUCACUGUAGCAAAGAUUGGAGAUCCAGUCAUCAUGUCCUUCUCCGCGUGUAAAUCGUGCGAGCCGUGCGAGAGGGGACACCCGGCACACUGUUUCAAUUUCAACGCGAUUAAUUUCGAGGUGGUUCCGGAGAAUUUCGUCUUCAAAUCACUCGCAUCACUAUCCACACAGACACCGACCCAGACGGAUUCAUCAACUCCGGAAAUCUACGGCAAGUUCUUCGGACAGUCCAGCUUCGCAAGCGUCUCGAUCGUCCGCGAGGAUUCCAUCGUUAACGUUUCGGGUCUUGUUAGCUCAAAAAAGGACCUUGCGCUGCUUUCGCCGUUGGGAUGUGGGAUUCAGACGGGGAGUGGAGCGAUUAUCAAUGCGGCGCGUGCUGGGCCAAAUGAUCGCGUUGCGGUUAUUGGGCUCGGAGGUGUGGGAUUGAGUGCGGUUAUGGGCGCGAGGAUUGCAGGAUGUGCCCAGAUUAUCGGCAUCGAUCGCCAUCAGUCGAGAUUGGCACUUGCCAAGGAACUGGGGGCUACGCAUGUUGUUCGAGUUGACCCCGGGGCGGAUCUAAGCAAUGUCACGGAGGCAGUCAAGGCUGUGACCAGUGGUCUCGGGACGAAUAUCACACUCGAUACGACGGGUGUUCCGGCGCUGAUUGCGGAGGGGGUUAAGAUGACGGCGUUCAAGGGCAAGGUGCUGCAGGUUGGAACGGCGCCGGAGACGGGGACGUUGACGAUCCCGAUUCAUGAGUUUAUGGUUUCGGGGAAGCAGUUUAUUGGCGUUGUCGAGGGUGAUGUUGUGCCUCGAGAGUAUAUCCCAAAGUUGAUUACUUGGGCGAAAGAAGGGAAGCUGCCGCUGGAGAAGAUGGUCAAGUUCUAUGCGGCCGAGGACUUUGAGGUUGCGAUUCGCGAUAUGCAGGGUGGUCAAACAGUCAAGCCUGUGAUUUUAUGGUAG